UUUAGUGUGUUUUCUUAGAUGGAGUAAGGUGUGUCCCACAAUAUCCCAAAAGGAGGAUAACGUGCUUCUGGAGCCGGCCUCCUGAUAUACAUGUGCAUGUACCUGUUACUUAAUAUGUAGGUAUUUUGCUUCAAGGCAGCAUACGACUAUAUCAACAAGUGAGAAAGAAAAAAAUGACAUACGCUAAGUGUCUUCGACAGACCAACGGAGUUUUAGGAAUCGUCCAUCGUGGACCACUUGUACGAGGCACGUGGUUUAUGUACGAGAUUUAUGUAACAAGGUAAGCCAUGCCAUCCAAAACAGCAUACUUUUGCUGGUCACGUCAUCGGACUGUCACUGCUCGUAUUUUUAUUCCUACACUUUAGUUUCAAAUAACUAAAAAAAAAUAGUUUAAAUUUUAUUUUGAUACAUUUUCAACACUUCGAUCGAAAAUGGCUCCCGAGAGCCUCAUACCGCAGAACCCAUCAAGCUGCAAUCUAAAUGGCAACGGGAGCACCAACCGCCGCAUGAAGAACUUCCAUCGUCGCUAUCUGACGCUGUGUCGGGCAAAGAACUUCCAACCGCUGGCCGAGCUGGUGGGCAAUGGCGGGGGAGGAGCCGGCGUUCGUAAGCUUAAAGGGAACCAUUCCUGGCAAACGGUCGACUUCUACGGUGACCGGUUCAAGGAAACCGACUGGCAACUGAUCGCCGAUGCACUCGGCGAGGACUCCUCACUGGAGGAAUUGGCCAUCCGUCUUCGGAAGGCCCUGAAUGAUGUAAUCGAAAAUGGGUACCAACGAAUGGACGGAGCGGCGGAUCGACCCGUCAUUCUAUUCAAACGGCUUUUCACUAGACUCAUGGAUGGCUUGGAGAGUUUUCUAGCAAGCAAUCAAGUCAUCAAGAAGCUCGUGCUGGAAGCUUUGCCCAUUCAAGGGUUUCACAUGGCCACCUUCGUUAAAGGCCUACAGCAAAACGGAUCCCUAGUCGAGCUAAGUUUAGCCAGGAGUUGCAUUCGUGACGAAGGCUGCGAAGCCAUUUGCAGUGUGGUGAUGCAUUUGCCCAAUCUUGAAUCGCUGAACGUGUCCGGAUGCCAGCUAACGGCCAGAGGAUGUCAUGCCUUAGCCGAUCUUGUAAAAUAUCAGAAAAUCAAACGGUUUGCCCAAAGCUGGCAAUAUUCACUUCGAUACGGUGAAGUCGAUACGGAGAAGAUGCAGGGAUUGAGGAUUUUGGCUCUUAGCUCGAACCCAUGCGUUGGCGAUGAAGGACUGAAUGAGCUGACGGAAGUUCUGAAGGAUGACGAGUGGAUCCGGCAAGUACAGUUUCGGAACUGCGGCUUGACAGAUACUGGGGCCAAAUUUAUAGUUGAUUGCUUAAAUGUUAACAAAACCAUCAAGAAGUUUGAUAUACGAAGCAACUCGGGUAUCUCGAAUGAAGCGCUUCACGAAAUACUCAUUAAACUAGGUGAAGAGGUGGAAUCAUCCGACAGCAGUCAAUCGGUACCGGAAACCUUCACGAACGGACAGAUCAAGGUGAAAGCUGCCGAGCAAGUCAAGUGUUUGCAGCAACAGUUGGCCGUAGAACGUCACAGAAGUACUCAAAUGCAGUUGCUAGUCGAGCAGCUACAACAGCAGCUGUUCCUUCAGAAGGAGGAAUAUUCUACGCAUUUGACUACGCUUAAGCAGGAAUGUAACGCGAUCAUCAAUCAGCGCGAUGAACUGCUCAAUAAAGUGCAGCGGUUGGAAAAGGUAAGGCCAAAAAGCAAGAAAGUAAAGCUACGCAAGAGCAAGAGCGUUGCGCUGCCUUCGGAUUUGUUCAAACGUUCCACGGAUGGUCGUGCCAAUCCAAGUACCAAAUCAGAAAUGACUCUCCGCUGGGUACAUGGCGACCGUAAUUCAUCGCUCACCCAAGGAGGUACCACCAUGCGGCCUCAGAGGGUGGAACGUGACAUCGGCGACAGCGGCCACAACUCGCAGAUAAAUGAGAUUCAAAUGGCGAAAAUGUUGGCACGGAAGGGGCUUUCGGAAGACGGUUUUGGAGACAUCGGAGUUGGAUGCUCGAACGUAAGCGUGAGGAAAACCCAACAUGGAAAACGUACUCAUUUCAAUGAUAUUACUGAAUUCAGCGAAGACGAAUAUUUUUCCCAUGUCAGUGAUGCCGCUGAUCAUCAGUUGGGUGAUGGCUUAGCCAGUGGAAGUUCAGCUGCCCUCGAUGAAGAGGAAGACGACGAGGACGAUAUUGGAAGUUCUUUAUCCGGAGCCGAUCUAUUGAAAUUGAUUGUUAAGCAAAAGUCCACUGAGCGUGUGCACGACACACAGUCUUUAUUUAUGAGCGUUUUCAGCGGCGAUGGGAAUUGAAACACCCUUCGCAAGACUAUAGAAAAUAAUUUAUUUUUAAGAGUGUGUGAGAUUAGAUAUUGAUAGCCAUAAUAUAAAAUUGAUUGUGAAAUCUUCUUGAUUCAACACUUUAC